GUCUCUCUGUCCAUCCCUCUCCCCGCAGGCUGCUCCGUGCUCCCUCCCCCAGAGAGAGAGAGAGAGAGAGAGAAACCCUAGCUUACGGCUCGCCGGAUGGACCCUCAGCAGCCGGAACCCGUCAGCUACCUCUGCGGAGACUGUGGAGCCGAGAACACGCUGAAGCCGGGUGAUGUGAUCCAGUGCCGCGAGUGCGGCUACCGCAUCCUCUACAAGAAGCGGACCCGCCGAAUUGUCCAAUAUGAAGCGCGCUGAAAGAGAAGGGAGUAACAUCCUGUGCUGUUGGUUGCUCCUCAAGCAAAUGUAACAGGUCGCCUGGGAGAAUGAAUGACCCGUGGUGAUUCGUAUGGUAACUCGUGUGUAGGCUGUAACCGCGGACUGGGACUUCACCCGGAAGCGUUGGAACACUCUGAAACGUGGAUGGAUUUCGGAUACCUUACAAGUAUUGUGAUUGCUGGGAACCCAAGUAAGCUUGGGGGUCUUUUACGUCUUGCCUUGCGCUGUUAUUCUGCUGGUCUCGCCAUACGCCAGCUGAUUUAUCCGGCU